UAUCAGGAGCUACGACUGCCACAUUGCAGAGCGCGGCACGUAGAACAAGGAAACAUGCGGCACCGGUGUGAUUGCCAAGCUGUGCUUCUAACAUGAGGACAUGAUCUGCCCUCCGCUCGAGAAUUGUUAUUAUAGCAGGCUUCCACCAGACAUGACACAUCCACGAUGCUGCGAGCUGCCAUUUUUCUGCACACAUGUGGAUCUAACGCGUCCAAGAGUCACUCGGAUAUAAGUGGUACCAACUGAACCCACUGCAAGCAUUCGAUGGAAACCAAUCGUCAAACAAGCGAUAUUCUUUCCGCAAUUGCCGAGCGGGCCCGCAGGUAUACUAUCAACCUUGAUGGCCAGAUAGAACGAGAUCCUUCCGCAAGUACUAGGGGAGGUUAUGGUAUGAUAUAUCGUGGCACGCUACUUGCAGGGGGGAGGGCCGUGGCAGUAAAGACCGCCCGUGGUAUUCCAGACAUAGAGACUGCCAAGCGAAUGCUCAAGGAGGCACAUACGUGGUCGAAGCUCGAGCACUCUAAUAUCCUCAACAUCCUUGGAAUAACCACAACCUUUGACCACACAGUGUCACUAGUAUCUCCGUGGAUGGAUGGAGGUAGCGCCUAUCGCUAUGUGCAAAAGCCAGACAGGGACCCUCGUCCUCUUGUCAAAGACAUUGCUCUCGGACUUUGCUACCUACAUAGUCAUCCGGAUGGUCCAAUAAUCCACGGUGACCUGAAAGGUGACAAUGUGCUGAUCACCUCUGAUGGUCGGGCUGUUCUUACAGACUUCGGACUUUCUGUCCUGGAGAAUUCGUCAUUCAGCAUGACCGUAAGCCGUGAGGUCGGGGGCUCAUUACGUUGGAUGGCACCGGAGAUGGUAGAUGCCUUGUCCUCCCAAGACCCCGGUUUCACCGUCGAGGGUGACAUCUGGGCUUUUGGGAUGACGACGUUGGAACUCUUUACCCGGAAACAUCCCUACUUUAACCUGACCAGUCUCAAUGCCAUUCAAUCCCGGAUACUCAAAGGUCCACCAGAAAAGCCGUCCAGCGAGGACACUAGUUCGCGUAUGACAGACGAAUGGUGGGGCGUAUGCUCGCGUUGCUUGAAGAUGGCCCCGUCUUCGCGCAUUGGAGCGGUGGAUAUUGUGAAAGAAACUAGGGAGCUUCCACCCAGUGCGUGUGUAGUAUUCAUAAUGAGUUCGAAGCUGAACAGCAACUAUGGCUUCGUUUAACCAGGAAAUGACAUUGUUAUCGUAGUAAUAGGACCUACGAGAUCAGGGAAAAGCAAUGUAAGAAUUGUUGGUACCAUGUACUUGGUUCCUUGACAACGUGCUUUGUAGUUUGUCAACAAACUCACGGGCUGUGAAGGGGAGCUUGGCGCAGACAAUACCAUUUCUCCCACUCAAGGCAUUCGC